AUGGUGUCACGUAAAUCGAGGCAACUUGAGGGAUAUCUUAAUGAUAUGGAGUUUUGGGCUUUUGAUGAUGAAACAGCAACAGCAUCUAUCAAGUUCAAAAACAGGGACACUGUUUUGAGACUCGUCUGCGCAAAGGAUCUUCUGAGAUUUAGGGAGAGAGACAUUCGAACCCUAGCUCGUCACCAAAUUAUUUGCAGAAAAGAUGUCAUGAAGGUUGCUACGAAGGAAUUCACUAGAAUGGUCACCUCUAUCAUAAAUGGAAAGCUAUGGAUGGGAUCCAUGGGAAAAGUUGACAUGAAGCUGUCCAAAGCUCCUGGAGAAUGA